GGCCGGGGGCGGUGCUCGCUCCGCGGCCGAGCAGGACGGCGGCGGGAGCGGGAGCCGGAGCUGCAGCCGGAGCCGGGCGCGCUUGCAGGCUUGCCUGCCUGCAGACUGCUGCUUGCUAUAUCCAGCGUGCGUGCAUCGCUGUCAACAGGAGAAAUGCUGUAGGACCUUGGACUGGUGGGGCUAUUUUCAAGUCUACUCUAGUACCAUCUAGGGGCUUAUCUCAGCAUGCAGUCCCUUUAGAUUUGGGCGUGAUAACUAACCACAUCCUGCGCAUCGGACAUUUGGCUUGCAUCCCCGUACCUUCCUGCUUUUCCAAAGGACACAGUCUUACAUUGUCCUGGGCUUAAGCAGUAAAGGAUAAAUUUUAUCACUGGUUGACUUGUCAUCUCUUCAUUGUGAUGGAAAAAUGGUCGCCUAAAAUAAACCCUCUGUUAUGCUGCUAAAACUGCCUUUGACUCCAAGAUCAGUUGUAAUUUUUAAAAUACAAACCCAAAAAUGUCAGAACCCGACCCUUCAUCUGGAUUUGUAGGAAACAUGGAAAAUGGGACUUUUCUGGAGCUGUAUCCCACAUCUCUUUCAACUUCAGUGGAUUCAUCACCUGGCCGUUUAUCCAAUGUCUAUGUCUAUGUUUCUAUAUUCCUUAGUCUCUUAGCUUUUCUCCUUUUGCUAUUGAUCAUUGCACUUCAGAGGCUGAAAAACAUAAUUUCUUCCAGUUCCUCCUACCCAGAAUAUAAUAGUGAUGCUGGAAGUUCUUUCACUAAUUUAGAGGUUUGCAGUAUUUCUUCCCAGCGCUCUGCUCUCUCAAAUCUUUCUUCAUGAAACUAAAUGAAACGCACAGGGAAUGGAAGAGCUUUGUCUAGUUUCUUGGGGAAGUAGUGCAUGCAACAUUUGCCUUAGGAGACUAUUAUGAAGAGGUGGCUUUUAAAGUUUACUUAGUUGUUGGGGUUUUUUUCUUUCAUUUUUUUAGUCUUCGUUUUGCCUUUUACUAAUGUUCUUUUUUCAUUUUGGACAAUGGAUAAUGACACUUGAUCAUCGUUUCCUGCCUGUAAUAGUGAUGCUGUCUUUUUCUCACACAUAUACGGUGUUCAUUAAGAGUAUUCCUGCCAAAUUGUAAUAUGGUUCUAUCUGGCUGUGUCAUUUUUCUGCUGUAGUUGUGACCCCUUCCCUGGUUUUGUAUCAGUAAUAUGCUGACUACUUUUCUUUUUCCUUUUUUAAUUAGAUAAGGACUUCUAGAUGAAAUCCCUAUUGCAAAAGUAUCAAAAAUCAGCUUAAAUUAUAAAUAUUGGGACAAUUUAAAGUUGUUUGUAUUGUUUCUUUUUUAAUUUUCACAUCUUUUGCAAUAUUUAUUGAUGUUUAUAAAACACGACUAAAAUCCAUUUGUUGAAGAAUGUUGCUUUUGUUUAGUUGUACUCACAACUCAUUCUGUAUAAAGUCUCUGUAUUUCAGUUUUUGAGUCUCUUUGGCUACCUUAGUAAAGUGACUACAAUAACGAUGCUCACUGCUGAAUGUGUGGAAGUAUUUUUGGACCCUGUUGCAUCUCAUUUGCCUAAUGACUUGCUCCUGCAGGGGGCAGCUUUUGCUGCUGAACCAUAAAUACAACACGAUUCCUUCGCAUCCUUCACUGGUCCCCUAGCUUAUUCUUAAUGGAUACCAGUACAAACCAGUGGUUUCUUUUAGAAGAUCUGCAUACAACAACCAUAGCUGGCAACUGAGUAAGUCCUGUAACUGUCCUUUAGGUACAAGACAUUUGUACUUGUGUGAGCAGGGCCAGCAGGGACAGAAAUUGCUUGUCCUGGUGAGGACUGUCUGGGAUGGAUUUUGUUCUGUAAUUUCACAAAUGCACACUGGGGUGGAGGGGGGACAUGGGGAUCUGUGUGAUGGCCAGGCAGACCUAUGCUCUGACACUCAGGAGGUGCAAAGUGUGCCUGCAGAGGCUAGGAAGAGAUGGGAAGGAAAAAGGCAGUGGUUCUGCCCCUGUUCCCCAUCAGCAUAAGGAGAGGCCAGAGGUGUGCAGGUGAGAAACGGAUAAUCUUUCACAAUAUCUCACUUACCUUUGCGAUGCCAUGGUCUGGGUUAGCAUUUCCCCCUGCCCAAACUGUAACUUGGCAUUCAGUUUCUGCAGUAAAAUAAUUAGCAUCAUUGUGAACAGGAUCCUGUGGUCAGCUGGGAAUUAGGGAAUUGGGCCGGUCUCAGCAGGAGCACGGGGCGACUGCUCUCCCUGCGCACGGCGCUGCUGCCCAGCCGAUGGGUUGGGGAGCUGCAGAAGACCUCCCGACCAGAUUUGUUACAAAUACCCUCCUGCCGAGCUGUCAAUGCCUUCAUCACCAGGACGCGUUCUGCCAUUAACUACACAGGCUUUAAAAGAGAAAUGUGGAAAACCCGGGGUAAAUAUAAUCAUUAGAAAUGCAGCUGUUCAGUGCCAAACAACACACAGAUGAUUCUGGAGUCGAUAUUUUCAAUUUUUAAAAGUGAACGUAUGGUAUGGUAAGUGGUAAUGACUUACGGUGGUGAUUAGCUCCUUAAAAAGGUCAAAGAACUUGCUGACUAAUUAAGACCUUAAGCCUGCAGGUUUGAUGAAUAUAUUUAGUUUCUGGAAUAUUUUAUUCAUCUAGACAAAAAUUUCUUGUAAGUAAGUCACUUUUCACUGUAAUUGAUGACAGGCCUUGGGAAAAGAGUUAACUUUUUAAAAGUGAUCGAGAAACAUUAUUUCCUUCCUGAAAGCUCUUCCAAAUCCCAAACCUGUAACAGAAUGUAUUUGUGUGUUGACUGGUAGAUAAAAAUAAAUGAACUGUAAAUCAAGAUGGAGUAACUGUUCAACUAUCUUCUCUUAUCUACAAAGUUGUAAAUUUGUUGCUUCCUUUGCUGCAAAUGCAGGAAUGUAAUCAAAACCAGAGAUGAGACCACAGGUUGAGAUGGGUAUUGGUCCCAGCAAUAUGUUUUCCAUUACUAGUUUAUGC